UUCUCUAUUUCGUCAGAGUCCUUACCUCCAACUCAGAUAGAGAAACUGAAGAGAGACAAGCUGGAGAGAGGGAGAGAGAAUGGAGGAUGGCCAUGAGCUUAGAGCAAAAUCUGCAGCAUCCAUGCCCACCACAGCAAUCCCUAAUUCAGAGGCCGACAACAAUUGCUCUAAAAGCAAAGAAGAAGGCGAGCUCUCUUCAUCAGGCGACGAUGGGUUUCCCGCUGCUUCUCAGUUCAACAGUACUGCUCCUAGACCAGUGCCUGUUAGAGCUGCUUCGUUGAAAAAAAACUCCCGAAGUCUUGAGGCAGGGACGACUAUUUCUACCGUUAAUCCUGCCAGUGCUGUUGAUAUAACUUCCAAAACUACUGUGCAGCGGAAUUAUGGCAAGAGUGCUGGGAAGAAUCGAGGGCCAUUUGUGCCAUUUUUGAUAGGAUUCUCAGAUGAUGACAGCGGUAGUGACUCUGAAGAGUACAGACUAGGAAAAGCUUUAAAAAUCACAGGCAACUCUAUUGGAGUGGAUGAUAGAACAAGUCCACUCCCUUCAUUGAUGGAGAAAUCGCAAAUAUUACGACCAACCACAAGAAAUGAGACGAAAGUGAUACCUAAAAAAGUGUCUUCGAGUCACACAUUUGUCUCCUCAAUGGCUAAAACUAAUAGAGCCACUUCCAGCAACAGUACACCCUCAUUAGUUGGACAAAGAUCUCGUUUAAGAACUUUUAAUACCCUCAACAGAAAAUCAGCUGGCCGGGGACAUGGAGGUGACCAGAGCAUGCAUUUGAAUAGCAGUAAACUUCAAGACUUACGCCAGCAGAUAGCAAUUCAGGAGAAAAAAUUGAAGCUCAAGUCAGCCCAGCAAAAUAAAGAAAUGUUCUCAGCUAGGAAAUGUGAAGGAACUUCUUCUGACUUUGUACGGUUUGAACCAAAAGAGCCGGACAAGAAGCGUGUAAAAGUCGGUGAACCUCAUUCAAGCCCGUCAAUUUCAGAAGACCAACAAGAAUUGCCUGUUAUAACAUCGGCAUUGGCAUCUCAAAAGUCUGUGUUGGAGAGCUGUGCUCAGCAGAAUAUAAAUGAUCAUAGGUGCCGUGACAAAGAAGUUCUAUUGGGGACAAUGCACUCGAACAUUCCUCAAUGGCCAAAGAAAGAUGUUGACCGGGGCCAUGUAUCUUCAGCAAAUCUGUCAAAGGGGGUGCAAGAUGGUACUGACGUCAUCACUAAUAGAAGUCGGUGUGACAGGAAUACUAAGCUGGUGGAGCCUUAUACUCUGUCACAACAAAUUGCAUGCCUGAGAGCUGAGGGUUUGGAGUGUCCAAACGGUCUUAGUUAUCACCAUACAUCCAGUUCUGUACCAAACAAAGCAACACGUGAACAAAAUUUAACAGGAAGCUGUCAGUUUCAUGAAAUCAGAUCUGAUGACAAGACAGAUAAGCCGACAUUGGAUGAUACACCUUUGGCACGCUCUCUCCACGUUGCAGAUAACAACUUAGAGACGUCAGAUGCAUCUUUAAACAAUGCAAGUCUCUGGGAUUGUUUGGGUAAGGUAAACAUCUCAGGGAAUAGCAACAUGGACAUACAGUCAUUACUGGAAUUCGAGGAAUUGCUAGACAAGGAGCUGGAGGAAGCACAAGAGUAUCGGCAUAAGUGUGAAGUUGAAGAAAGAACUGCUCUUAAAGCUUAUCGUAAAGCACAAAGGGCUUUAAGUGAGGCGAAUGCUAGAUGCUCUUAUCUCUAUCAAAAAAGGGAACUAUAUUCAGCCGAUUUUCGAUCACUUAUGGUGGCGGAUUCGAGUUUGUUCUGGUCCUCUAGGCUGCACAAUCAUGUUGGAUCUGGGCUGAAUUUCUCAAAUAAGAUGUCUGAAGUUAAUGUGCAUCUGGCACCCACAUCAAGCCAUCAAAUGCAGGCUGAAUCCAAUGUUCGUAAUCUGUCUGAUUCAAAUAUCCAUUCUGCUAAGGGAUUACUUCAAAAUGGGUCUGGCUGGCAUGCGGAUGGACAAAAUUUGGCUGCCAAUCCAUGCAUUGACCCUGAUGCCAGUACAUCAGAGCCUCACAAGGAUGAUGGUGUGACAAAUGGUGUCUGUUCUCCGUGCAAUGAUUUAGAAAUUUCAGGAGAUGAAAGUGAAGAUACAUUUCCAUUUGACCAUAGAUCUGUUCAAUCCAAUCCAGAUUGUCAGCUAGAGGAGAUUUAUGAAGAAAGUGUAGACAUGAAUGAGGUGUCAAAAAGAAGAUCCUCUUUUGAUAACUCUCAGGAUUCUUUGCUUCUUGAAGCAACCUUAAGGUCUCAACUGUUCGAAAGACUUGGAAUCAAAACUUUGUCAGAGAAGACAGGCUUAACUCAUAGCAUGAAAUGUGCAGUUGGAAAAGAGAUUGAAGAUGAUGAUGGCGGGGAAAAAAUGGAGAUGAGUAUGGGCAUUAUGCCAUGCUCGGAAGAAGAGAAAGACCGACAUUUUGAUCUUGGAGACGUUCACCAAUCCAGAAUAUCCCUUAUGCCUGCAAGCCCUAUUCUGAGGAGUGCAUUUGGGCCCAUGAAAGCUAAAGCCUUGAGCGGCUUAAAUGUAUUACAGGCCGGAAAUCAGCUGAUUCACUCUUAUGAUAUUUACAAUGGCAAGGGCAAUGGUGUUGGCUCUGAUGAAGCCCAGCCAAGAAUUCUUAGUGUGAACUUGAUGGAAGAUACUUCGAUCGAUAAAUGUUUCAAAAACGAUGGCUCUUACUCCUGCAAUCUUGCAAUUGACCCCUUUUGGCCACUUUGCAUGUACGAGCUCCGAGGAAAAUGCAACAAUGACAAAUGUUCCUGGCAACAUGUUAAAGAUUAUGCUAACAUAAAUAUGAACCAUGAUAAAUCUGACAGUGCAGAUUGUCAGGUUGGAUUGUCAUCAAACAGGGGAAAUUAUGGUGCAGCAAACCUUUCUAAGUGUAUCAAUUGCCUUGUUUUGGCUCCACCCACUUAUACUGUGUGCUUAGAUAUUUUAAAAGCUGAUUUGCAUUCAUACCGAUCUGUUUUAGACCGAUGCAUUGGGCAAUGCUGGAUAAAGUGUUUCAGCUUUUACUUGGUUCUUUCAAAUUUGCUUCCAACUGAUUUGGCUUCAGAUGAGCGACUCUUGCAUGGCAGUGAAGCUCGUAUUGAAGUCCAUGGGACUUGGAAUAAACAAUCAUUGUAUUUUCGCACUAGAAAUGGCACAUUGAGUCAAUCGGGUCAAUAUGUGGUUGACAAUGAUCAAUCCCUAGAGAUGGCUCUCCUUACUCUGAAUCAGGAGGUCAAUAAAAAAAGGGGUAAAUCAGAGGCUCUUAAAGUGCUUGGUCGAGCUGUUGUAGCUGAUCCAACAUCUGCAGCUAUCUGGAUUGUUUAUUUGCAUAUUUACUAUAGCAAUGCAAAGCCAAUUGGAAAGGAUGACUUGUUCUAUCAUGCGGUUGAAAAGAACAAAGGAUCUUAUGAGCUCUGGCUUAUGUACAUCAAUAGUCGGAUGCAACUUUCUGAUCGAUUGGUUGCAUAUGAUAAUGCUCUCUCAGCGCUUAGCCGUCAUGCAUCUUCUUCUGACAGGGACCCAUUGCAUGUUAGUGCAUGCAUCCUGGACAUUUUUUUGCAGAUGAUGAAUUGUUUUUGCAUUUCCGGGAACAUUGGCAAGGCCGCCGAAAAAACCUAUGGGCUGUUCCCUACUACAAAAAGUUCUGAUAAUCCUGGCCCUCUAUUGCUUUCUGAUAUCCUUCCAUGUCUAACGAUUUCUGACAAAUGUAUCUUCUGGAUAUGUUGUGUGUACGUCGCAAUCUACAGGAAACUCCCUAAUGCGAUACUUGAAUUAUUUGAAUGUGAAAAAGAACUUUCUGCACUAGAGUGGCCUUUCACUCGUUUAACAACUGAUGAGAAACAACAUGCAGUUACGCUGAUGGAAAUGGCAGUAGAUUUUCUGGCGCUGCACAUUGAUGGGGAAUCACUUAAAAGUGAAACUACUCUUAAAGCGGCACACCUGUUUGCUGUCAAUCACAUUAGGUGUAUAACAGUGCUUGAAGGCCUAGAAUGUGGUCGAAACUUGUUGGACAAAUACACCAAACUGUAUCCAUCUUGCUUGGAACUUGUCUUGAUGUCAGCACGAGCACAUGAUCAUGAUUUUGGUGAUUUGAGUUUUGUAGGGUUUGAAGAGGCUCUUAUUAACUGGCCAGAAGAAGUCCCUGGAGUUCAGUGUAUCUGGAACCAGUAUGCUGAGUGUGCUCUCCAGAAUGGGAGGUUUGAUUUUGCGAAAGAACUCCUGGACCGCUGGUUUCAUUCUGUUUGGGAAGUUCAAUAUUCUCAAAAUCAACUUUUGAAUACCAUGUACGGUGAGAACUUCCUCAGCACGCCAGAAUCAGCUGAAGCAUCAGAUCCUCACAGUUGGAUUUCUAAUUCUAAUCAAAUAGAUAUUUUGUUUGCUCUUCUUAAUUUCUGUCUCUAUAAAUUGUUGAAUGACAAUCGCUUUGAAAGUCGUAAAGCCAUUGAUAGGGCAUUGAAGGCUGCUGCUAUUGCUGGUCCUGAGUACUAUAAACAUUGUGUGAGAGAGCAUGCUGCGUUUUUGCUUAUGGAUGGUUCACAAGGUAAGAUGGAUGCUCCCAGAAGUGGAAUAUUGAAGAUCGUUAAAAGUUAUCUGGUUGAUGCUAGGGUUUUUCAUGCCUCCGAACCAUUGUCUAGAAUGUUCAUUCAGAGCACCAAGAAACCUGUCCAACAUCUAAUUAGCAAGAUUUGGAGUCCAGUGUCAUCUGACUUUUCACUGCUGAACUUGGUUCUUGAAUCCUGGUAUGGCCCAUCUCUCUUACCCCAAGGGUCCAGUAAUCUAAAGCAACUCGUGGAUUUGGUUGAAGCCAUCAUGGAUAUUAUGCCGUCCAACUAUCAGCUUGCAAUAUCUGUCUGCAAGCUACUGAACAGAGGCUCUAAUUCUUCCGAUGUAGCUUCUACCGGUAUUUCGUUCUGGGCAAGCUCACUUUUGGUCAAUUCACUAUUUCAGGCUGUUCCAGUUGCACCAGAGUUUGUGUGGGUAGAAGCAGCUUAUAUUCUACGCAGUCUUAUAGAUAUUCAGUCCAUCACCGAGGGCUUCCAUAAGAGAGCUUUAUCUGUAUUCCCAUUCUCCAUUAUGCUGUGGAAAUCCUAUCUCGAUUUGUCUAGGGCUACUGGAAAUAUGAAUGCAGUCAUAGAAGCUGCAAGAGAGGUGGGGAUUGAGCUUGAUUGUGAUCUCAAGUAAUGAAGAUUACUGGUUGGUAUGCAUUGGGUGUUCAACUGAUGCAUAUUUGAUGUCCUCUUGAUUAGAAGUGAUUUAGGAGUUUAAGGCCAAAGCUCAAUUGUAGAUGAUACCAAAUUAAACUGUAUAUCCUUGUCUAGACAAUUUUGGGUGGAUAGGAGGAUCAUGAGUGCUGAUGUCAUGUCAAAAUAGGAACCUCAGGAGUAUACAUAACAAUACUGUUGAUAGAUUUGUCUGUCAAACAAAAAGCAAAAGAGAAAUAGAGGUUUUUUGUGGAGUGCUUCUGGAGAACUUGUAGAGAAUUGUUCUCUCAAGUAGGAAGAGAGCUAUAUAUGUUUUUUUCAUGUGUUUUCUUUUCUAGUGCAAAAUUCAGAGUGAGUUCUGUACUUAGAAAGAUAGACAGCAAAAAUUUAUUACAGAUGCUGAACCUAAUUUGUAUGUGUUAGUAUAACAAAGUAGCAUUGAAGAAAAGAAGAAACUACUAAUCUUGUUUAA